AUGUCAGCAAAGCAAUUCGCGACACAGGCUUACAAGGAGGCUUUUCAAGACUGGCAUGCUCGGGCAAUCCGACUGUUGUCAACGCAGGGGGCUCCAAAUGGGGAGUCGACAUGCAAUGAUACUGCUUUGAUCCACCUUGGGAUGCACCUGAUCCUUGAACAACUCACCCACUCUGUUCAGCGUCGGUUCCUGCCCGAAAUUCGACUGGAGAUCGAGGUUUCCUGCAAGAAACAGCUUAUGCCGAAUCUAUUUUUUAUUCCUAUCUGCUAUUUACGGGGCCAGUCGUUAUCAGACAGCAAUAUGGCGGACGAACCGACCGUUCGGACGCCCAAAAGAAAGCGGGGAGAGAGCAGAUUCAAGGGUUCACCACUCUAUUCGGCCACACAAUUCUCCUUCCGUAUGCCCCAGGCCCAGGAGGAAGAGGGCGGCGGAAGUGCAAGCCCGCGAACUCGGUUCGUUCACAAGUUCAAGGGACUCCAUCUCCACGAGCAAAGCGGGGGCGGGGUCCCUCUCAGCGACACGAGCCGAGCCACCAACGAUAUCGCCACAGCCGUCACCACUGAUAAGGCCCUGGGCGAUCACAAUCACACACAGACCAAUGCCUUCACCGAGGGUCACACCGAGCCCAUUGGCUGCGAACCUCGGAUUGGCAACGUCAAUCCCCAGGACGACGAUGGCCACAACGGCGAUGAAGACGACGAGGGAAGCACCAUGCGCAAGCGACAAAAGGUCCCCGAACUCGUUAUGCACGAUGCCGACGGGGCGGCAUCGUCUGAGACCCGUCCCGCUCAUGUACCCCUCUCGGCGAUGUCUCCAACAUUGCCUACACCCGAGCCCGAAACCAUUCCCGGCGACCGCAGCCCCUCGCGCGAAGCUGGCCUCGAGCACGUCGUCCCCCCUUCGUCGAAGGCUGGCAGCAACGAGGAAGCAGCAGCCCGCGAGGACGAGAGCGAAGACGAGGGCCCCGUGGUCGUCGACCCCGUCCGCGCCGCGCUGACCUGGCAGGAGGACGAGAUUACCGUCUACGACCCGGAUGACUCUGACGACGACGGCACGGGCGUCAACGGCGUCGGUUUUAAGCCCACCCCCGCCAUCGCCCGCCUGCGCGUCCAGAAGCGUCGUCAGCAGCUGGCAGAAUACCGCAGGAGGGAGGAGAAGGAGGCCCGCGCGCUUCGUAACUACCGGCGACGUGGCGGCGGCGGUAGUGGUGGUAGUGGUGGCAGUGGUGGUUCCGCAUCGCCUGGAGCCGCGGUGGCGGAUACGAAAGAUUCGCCCGUGGCUUCGCGCCGGGUACGCUUUAUGGAAGUCGAGGUCAGCGCGGUCGUGAUGACUAACUGA